CCUAUCUAUCAGUGGAUUAAGCACAGUAGACUUUGUGGUAGUCUCAUCAUCACAUCUUCAUCUCAGUGCAUCGCAUCUGGUAACUAUGCACGAUCAUAAUCGCCUGCACUGUAGCUCAUGUAACACCUGUGCCACCUGCACCUGUAGUGCACGCUAUCAUCACUGUGACUCUGAGCACCUCGCUGUGUAUCAUCAGACUCAUGAUUCCAGAAGAGCUCUGCCGCCGGCAAGGAUGAUGAGGUCAGGGACGACGAUAAUUAUCCUGACGUGUACAAACAACUAAAGAAAGCUGGAAAUGGACCGAAAGAGAUUCUGGCUCUGUUGAUGGCACGCAAAAAGCAGCGGGAAGCUCAACGUAAACAGCUCAGCACUCCUGAGCCUACCACUACGCCAGCUCACCUUCUGCCUGAGGUUACAUCGCUAACGCAGGAUCUGAAUACUGAGGAGGACAAUGUAAGGCCAUCUUUAGAAUCGCCGGCAGUGCGACGUAAACAAUCGAUUGCAGAUAAGGAACAAACUGUCACUGAGAGCAAAGUGUUCCAGGCCACUUACAGACAGCGGAGCAUUCCCAGUCGAAACAACAGGGAGGACACCAACCAUCUAGAACAAGCAAAAGAGAAUAAAGUCACUAGAACUUUUCGGUCUCGUUCAGAGAGCAGUCGCUCCCAGAAAUCGUCACCAGACAGAGUGAAAAAAAACUAUGACCAGCAGUCAAAAAUAUUCAGCAAAAGUCAGAGGCGUGAGUGACAAAAGCAGGGAACCAGAAGUGGUAGAAAAGUUUGAAAAACAAACUAAAAGAGAACAAUUGGCCUAUAAAACACUAAAUGACUUUGGACUCGAUCCGAAAACCUUAGAAACGACUGAACCUGUGACUGAACGUGAGAGGUUCGUCCCUUCAUCGAGAAGAGCUAAGGCAUUCAAAGCAACGACCGAAGGAUUAAACGAAGAAAUACAGAGGACAACGAC